CAUGCCACUGUCAAUUUCUUGUCAUUGUCAAAUUUUAAGUGUAUUUUAUUAUGUACCGUUUUAAUUAUUUUUUGUUCGCCUUUGUUUAGUUAUUCGAUUAUAACACUGAAUACUUUCAUUGUAUUUAGUCUUACACGACUAUAAUGUCAUCUACGCCAUCCCGUUGGUUUGGUAAUACAAUAGGAAGACAUGGAUAAAAAGGAACGCAGUAAAACCAAAAACAGGAAAACACCAACAAAACCUAGAUCUGGUAAAAAGAGGACCAACGAAGGUUAGAGCAAAUUGGUAAUAUCUACUCAAAACAUGUCCGAUGCCCCGAUUAAACUUUCCAAGUAUACAUAUUUAUCUACCAAGCCUUCAAAUAUUAAUCAAGGUCCAUCAUGUUCGAUGUUUCUUGUCGAACUAUCCAAAAAAUUAGCCCAGAAGAAGAAAGAAGAGCAGGAAGCUCCUAUAAAUAUCGUGGGUAGUAUUCUUAGCAGUUUAGCCAAGGCAUUGCCAGUCGCUGUCUGCAAAGGCUCACCAGUCAGAAACCAAUCUCCAGUUAAAAUUGAGACUUUGCAAUCAAUCGCCCCAGAACUUCAACUGAACGAUGUCUUAGAAUUAGUAUCCAAAGAAGCAGAGAACACCGAAGUACCAAAAGAAGUCAAGAAAAAGUUCAAGAUGCCAAAAAUGCCCGUGAUAACCAGUGAUGUGUUUAAGCAGAAAAUUCUUGUACCAACUGAAGACGUGGCUGUUAAUACCAGUAGUAACCAUGAUAUGGCCUCCAGUUUAGCAAAAUACGUUGACACUUUGAAGAAGAUAUCACUUAUUGCUGAGGAGUUUAAUCAAAAGACAGCUAAAAACCUAAAAGAAAUCGUAGACAGUGUACAAGAAGAUCUACAAGGGAAGCUAGAAGAACUAGUGCACGAGCAAAAAGUCGCUAAAAAAGUAGACCAACCCAUGCAGGUCGUACAAGAAGAUAUUGAGCAAGCAGGAACCUCUUAAAAAGAAUACAUUGACAUGUAACAUUCACUGUCAAAAUUUGAUGUCAAUAUGUAAAACAUUAAA